AGUUUUUUGAGACACCAGUUGAAGAGAGGAUAUUUAGCUAUGAGAUUAAACAACCGACAAACUAAAAACAAAGAAAAAUAUGAUCAUUUAUUUAUGAAAUUAAGAAAAACAGUAUGGAACGUGAUGUGGAUUAUCCGUAGGCCUAGGUCUAACGAUCCUAUUUGGAAUACUUUGAUUUGUUGUAGCAUAUCCGAAAGCUGGAUUCAUAAAUAGGCAAGAUCGUGGCCCUGGUGGACCGUGGGUCAUUUUUAUUGACGUUUGCCUAGUGCUGUGGUGACCCGCAGGGUCAUGCUGAUGGAACAGGACACUCAGUGGCUGUACCACCUCCUGGCCGAGGUCCAGUUGGAGAGGUUUUACCUGCGUUUCCGGGACAGCCUCAACAUCACCCACGUGGAGCAUUUCGCCUACAUCAAGGAGUCUGACCUCAAACAGAUUGGCAUCAGCAAACCAGGACAGAGAAGAUUAUGGGAGGCUGUGAAAAACUGCAAGAUCAAUGUGAGGCCCAAAUCGUGGAUGGCCAAGACGUUCAGUGGGUGUGGUCCGGAGGGGGGUGACCAAUGGGGCAGUGUGGGGUCGGGCCAGGAGAAAGGGGGGCGGGCCCUCACCUGUCUGAUCCAGGACAAUGAGCUGACUCUGGGGGAGAAGCUGGGAAUGGGCUCCUUCGGUGUGGUGAAGAGAGGAGAGUGGCAGACCCCCACUGGGAGAGUGCUGCCGGUGGCAGUGAAGUCUCUGAAAAGUAGUCUUUCCAGACAGACUGACACCAUGACAGACUUUCUCCAGGAGGUGACCACCAUGCAGUCUCUAGACCACCCCAACAUCAUCCGCCUCUACGGAGUGGUGCUCACACAGCCCCUCAAGAUGGUGACAGAGUUGGCCUGUCUGGGGUCCCUGUAUGACACGCUGCGCUCUCGCCAGCACGAGUACCCCCUGGCACGCCUCUGGCUCUUCGCCACCCAGAUAGCAGCGGGUAUGGAGUACCUGGAGGGUCGCAGGUUCAUCCAUAGGGACCUGGCUGCCCGGAACGUUCUGCUGGCCUCCAGGGAGAUGGUGAAGAUUGGGGACUUUGGUCUGAUGAGGGGCCUGAGCCAGGAGACAGACCACUACGUGAUGACGGCCCACAGACGCAUCCCCUUCGCCUGGUGUGCCCCAGAGAGUCUGCGUGUGGGCUCUUUUACCCACUCCUCUGACGUGUGGAUGUUUGGGGUCAUUCUCUGGGAGAUGUUCACCUACUGUGAGGAGCCCUGGCGGGGGCUAUCUGGCAGACAGAUCCUCUGGCGUGUUGAGCUGGAGGGACAGCGUAUGGAGAGACCCCCUGACUGUCCUCAGGAACUCUACUCUGUGAUGAGAAAGUGUUGGGCCUGCACCCCCUCCAACCGACCCACCUUCUCCCAGCUCACCACCCUGGUCGCAGAGGCUCAGCCUUUGGAGCUGUGUGCUGUAAAGGACUUUGUGGAACCUAGAAAACUCACCCUCCUAGACCAUAGUCUGGAGCUGUGUGAGUGGAAGGGCCAGAACCAAAGGACUUUGAUAGUGGGCUGGUUCCCCCCGAGCCUGGCUGCUCCCUCCCUCUCCGCCCCCAGCAGCGCCCCUGCUCUUCCCACCACAGCCCCCGUUGCUGCAUCAAGCCUCAUCUCACCCCCCCUGAAGGGCAGUUUGCAGCACACGGGGCAGAGUGAGACCCACCCCGACCGUAACUGGGGCACGUCGGAACGCCUCGACGUGAGAGUAAACUGGAGAAGAAGCCCAGCAAAUAGAGAGAGAGAGGGCGGCUCCAAUUUACAGAAAAUGUCAGGUAUGACCAGGAGUCUGGAGUCUGUCCUGAGUGGUCCCCAGAACAGGACUGUAGGAGGGGUCAAGGUGGACCCCCGUCGUGGACCCCUCCCCAACGCCAUGGUUGCCCGCAGCGUUGUGGUGCAGCAGGAUCCCCAUCGGCUCAGCGAGGCCAGCAUCAACCCCCCACCUCGACCGCUCCCGCCCAACCUCAAACGCGCCAAGAUUCCCCAGGUGGCCUUGAUCCGAGAUCGGAGGCCUGUAAAUCCAUCCCCAGGUUCUUUGUGGCCUCCACAAACUCAAAAGCAUCCACAGCAGCAGAUGCUACAGCCACCCCAGCCCCAGCUGCAGCAGACCAUGGGGGGCAGUGACCUGGGCAAGAUGGCCCACAUGGCAUGGUCCAAACUGGAUGACUAUGGGAACAAGGAGAGGGAUCAAGAAAAGGAGUGGGUGGUGAGGGAACGAGAGAGGGAGAGGUAUCCGCCUCAAGUACAACACACCAGGGAAGCCUUCAUAGUACAGGUCAUGGAAGCAGUGCAUGGAGUGACCAAUGAGGAGGUUUGGAACGCACUUCACUGCAAUGAAUGGAACCCUAUAAGGGCCCAGCAACAACUCAAGAUGGAGCAGCUGCACUUUCUGAGCCUGUGUUCUCGUGACGACUGCCUAAGGAUCCUGUCCCGCUAUCAGUGGGAUCUACAGCUGGCCAGCCGCUACCUGUUCAGAAUGGUACGGGAGGAGAGGACUGGAGGAGGAGGAGAAAGGGAGAGGAGGGACGGAGAGAGAGAGGCACCCCCUGCUGCCACGGAGAGACGAGGAGUAUGAGAGGUGCGGGGAUGGAGGGAUACUGGAAACAGGACAAUAAAGAUUUACGAAAUUGAAGAGGGACUGAGGAGCUAUUUGAGGAAUUUAAGAGAUGGGAUGGUUGAUUAAAAAGGAAUGGAAUAUAUAUGAAGUGAACAAUAAAGACAUUACAGUCCUCCAAAA